GUGUGUGUGUGUGUGUGUGUGUGUGUGUGUGUGUGUGUGUGUGUGUGUGUGUGUGUGUGAUCAAAAGACGAGACUUACUUCUUAUCACUAUAUCAAACCCGUGUUAUCAUCCCUCUUCAACUCCUUAAAAGGUCCAGCGAUAGAAGGGGAUAGCUAGCUGAUCAUGGCUGAAGAAGAACCCCUAGGUGGCGCCCAGCAGGUACUGUGUCGUCUGAAGCCCAAGUUGAUCGAUACUCUAAGUGCAGACCCUGCCUUUGUGCUGCAGCAUGCAGACUCCCUCAGCCUACUGGCCCGGCAUGAGUACAAGCAGGUCAAAGCCCUCACUGACCCAUCAAAACAGGCCCAGGACCUUCUGGACCAUGUGAUCAACAAAGGACCCACUGCUGCAGAGCAGCUUCUGCAGCUCCUGACGGGCAAAGAAAUGCAGGAUACGUUUCCCAACCUUCUGUUCCUCAAGGAACUGCCAGUGAAUGAUCAAAGAGCUGCAGGGGGAAAUGAAGUUACAAGAAAGAGAGGACAAACAUUUGAGUCCGAAGAGAACCUACCCGCUAAACAGACAUGCAAGGAUGGCUCUAAAAUGGUGGUGGAGAAGGAUCUGAUGCGUGUGGCUCGAAAUAUCGGUCGCUCCUGGAGGGCAAUUGGUACAGGGGCCCUAGACAUUCCCUCUGUCAAGCUGGAUCAGAUCCUGGAGGACUAUCCACACAGCCAUGUGGACCGUGUGUUUGCCAUGCUGCGCUACUGGAGCACACUGAAACGGCAGGAGGCCACGGCGGCCAAUCUCCACUCCCUGCUCAGCCAGGACGACUGGGCCCUGCCGCCAGACAGCAUAGACUUUCUCCUGGACCCCAUCUUAGCCCCGUAGCAGUCUGGCCUUACUACUAACCCUUAGCUACUAUUGCAUAAUUUCCACUGCAGGGAUUUACCACGGUGCUUGGCCUCAGACUUUAGUGUUCCAUGGUUGAGGUUUAGUGGGAAACGGUUGUUAUCGGUGGGAUGUAAAACCCAGGUCUUCUGCAUGGUAACGCAACGUCUUUACCAUUAUACCAGGAGGAAAUCCUCAUGGUCAGACUGGGUGACAAUUUGUCUUACUUUUAUUUUUUUUACCAGGUCAGCUUCUUUUUUUUUUUUUUUACAAAUAUCUUUUAUACUUUUGUUUUGCAUCAUCUCUUGUUUUGUUGCUUAUUUCUUUGUAAAAAAAUAUAUAUAUACACUACCAUUCAAAAGUUUGGGGUCACUCAGAAAUGUCCUUGUUUUUGAAAGAAAAGCAAUUAUUUUGUCCAUUUGUCCAGAAAUACAGUGUAGACAUUGUUAAGGUUGUAAAUUACUAUUGUAGCUGGAAACGGCAGAUUUCUUUAUGGAAUAUCUACAUGGGCGUACAGACGCCCUUUAUCAGCAACCAUCACUCCUGUGGUCCAAUGGCACGUUGUGUUAGCUAAUCCAAGUUUAUCAUUUUAAAAGGCUAAUUGAUCAUUAGAAAACCCUUUUGCAAUUAUGUUAGCACAGCUGGAAACUGUUGUUCUGAUUAAAGAAGCAAUAAAACUGUCCUUUAGACUAGUUGAGUACCUGGAGCAUCAGUUUAAUACUUUUUUGCUGAUUCCAUGUGUUAUUUGCAUGUUCAAAAUAGAUUACAUGAUAUAUUCCACUAUGUGUACUGAUGACCUUUGUGAUUUCAUGUAGUUAUUGUUUCACUCUGGUCAGGUAAUUUUACUCACCCUUGAACCAUAAACCUAGUAAUGAAAUGGUCAAGCUCAACACUGAAUUUUCAUGCAUGGUAAGAAUAUGGACUUUGUACUGUAGACUUCAUUCUUAAGGGUCUGGUGCUAUCUAUGUGGUGUUCAUUGUGAACAAAAUUUCAGUUUCUGAGAUUUGCACCGAUGACCAUUUACGACAUAGACCUACUGUGUUAUAUAUCCAGUUCCAAGGUAUGUUUGAAAUGUUUUGUACAACUUAAUCUUAUGGUUUGUUCUGUAACCAUUUUAACAGCCACAGUCUAAGAUGUUUAUUGCCAUAGGAGAUUUAUUCAAAUGAAUCCUGUUGCUCUCUGGAAAUCGUUUUCUUCGAGUACGUUACUACAGAGUACAGAUGUAUAAAUCAAGUGCUAUUUGCAUAUUAAAUUGUCAUGGGAUGCAUUUGCUCAAUUGUUUACCAAUAUUUUAUGUUAUGCACAUUUACAGACAGGCUUUUUAAGCCAUGCGUCAACUAGUGAGAUUCUGGAACCUGGCAUGGCGUUCCUCUCGCAAUAGCUGGAGGAAUCUGAGUGUUUGGGAGCGAGGUGAUAUGGAAUGUUUGUGUUUGAUGGGGGCGAGGGUGUACAUCCGUAUUGUGCAGGAUUUUCAACCUGUGACUCGAUAUCUACGAUACACUGAUGUUUCCUUCGGAACAUUUUGAUGUAAAAUAAAAAAUAAUGACCAGUA